AUGGCGCGCCCAUCCUCAACCGUUCUUCGGGAAUUCUCCGCUGCUGCCCGUCUUUUCUCUUCUGCUCCACGGUCUCGACUUUAUACGAAAGGUCUCUGGGCUGCUGGUUUGCCUCGGAAGUUUCCUACUUCGUCUUCGCCUCUCCGUCUUUAUUCCACUGAAACUGCAGAGUCUAUCCAGCCUCCCUCUCCUAAACCUCGCUCUCGUUUUCGUCGCUUCGUCGGAUUCACUUCCAUCGCUGUUGUCGCGUUCACUGCCGGCCUCCUAUACCAAACACAACGAACCGUCUCUCGAAUGAUGGCUACCGCUCUGCCCUCCGAUGAGGAAACCCUCACCGCAUUCACCCCAGCUGAUGAGAUCACUCGUGAAAUUGAAGAAUACAUCCAAAACCACCCUGUGGCCGUUGCCCUGCGGGAAGACCCCGCCUUCACCGAAUCCCGCCCCUAUAUGAAGAUCCCCGAGAACCUGCGCGUGCGCAACCUGACAGCUGGAACCCUCUCGGGCCCGGACCGCAUUGUUGUCCCACCAUUGGUGUUCGCCGAGGAUGGAGGAAAGAGUCUGGUUUCUAUUCUAUACCUGGGUUCGGACGUCUCGGGCCACCCGGGUAUUGUCCAUGGAGGUCUUCUGGCCACUCUUUUGGAUGAGGGUUUGGCCCGUUGCUGCUUCCCGGCCUUGCCCAAUGGAGUGGGUGUGACGGCAAACUUGAACAUCGACUACCGACGCCCCGCGAUGGCUGGUAAUUACGCUGUUCUGCGCGCUGAGACCACCAAGGUGGAGGGUCGCAAGGCCUGGGUUGAGGGGCGUAUUGAGACUCUGCCUGAGGAUGGAAAGGAGCCUAAGGUCCUUGUAGAGGCCAAGGCCCUUUUCAUUGAGCCCAAGCAAGCUGCGACCAUGGCCAGCCUUUACAAGGUCGCCAAUUAG